AUGAAAUGGCAUCAAGACAGGAAUAUCGCAUCAUCAACCGAUGAUAAAGUCGCUGAAUCGAAGUUUAAACAGAUCUCCGAAGCGUAUUACGUUCUCUCGGAUCCGAAAAAGCGUCAGAUCUAUGAUAUGUACGGUGAAGAAGGUUUGAAAUCUGGAGUUUAUGAUGAAUCAUUGUUGUCACCGACGGUUUCUAGUGGUACGUAUAAGAGUAGAUCUGGUGCGAGGUUUAGGUUUAGGUUUGAUUCGAGAGAUGCAGAUGAGAUAGUUGCGGAGUUUUUUUACGGAUCGAAAGGUAGGGUUUCAGAUGGAGUUUUGAAGAGUGAGAAGAAGAGACGAGUGAGAAGACGAAGAGUGAGAGCAAGGCGGAGACGGUGGAGAAUAAGUUGUGUUGUAAAUGGGGAAAUGUAUAUUAAUAAGGGUAUUUAA